GGGUGUUAAGAAGCGCGGUUUGGCGGGUCAUGUUUAGGGGGACGCAUGAAUCGACCUUCACUUCCCGACCUUGUUGGGGAGUUGCAGCGAUGAGAAAAGAUCGAAACUGGGGAGAAGAAGUGGGUAAAAUACCCACAAAAGAAAUGUGUGUUGUUAUAGAUGCACAUUCUGUGUCUGGUGAAAACAAUUGCUGUUUGGUUUGAGGUUUAGGUUUAGUUAAGAGUUAGGGUUAAGAUUAGAGUUAAAAUUAGGAUUGUUGGUUGUUACCCCAUUGCCCUCGGACCUCCAGGCAGUGGUGUCCCCUUCUUCCCCGAGUCCAGCUGUGUGUCAGCCCUCGGGGGUUCUAGAGAUGACAGAGGGGAACCUUAAACUACAGCUGACGGUGAUUGAUAUGUUGUGUCAGAUACUGCAGACUGAGUCUAUAUGGGAUGUCCAGCAAUGGAUUCUGACAGCUGGUCAAAGAGAAAAGGACCAGGUUCUAAGUCUGCUGUGUUCCGCCCUGGCCAAGGACCCUGUCUCAGCCUAUGAGGCUCCAGGAAGAGAGCAGCUGACAGUGAAGAAGGUUCAAAACCUCCCUCCUGCCUCCAGAAUGGCUUUGAUCAGUGAGAAGGAUACCACCAGACACAGAGAGAGAGCAGAGUUCAAGACCCCCAGGGAGAAGCACAGCGCCAGACCCCUGAGUACCCAGAGGACCCUGGAUAGCCCCACCAUGUGUCACCUCAACCAGAAGGUGGUCCUACGGUGCACCAAGUGGGCCCUGAUGCCUCACACACAACCUGAAGUGUUCCAGGCCGAUUGGCCCAACUAUACCCAGCAGGCACCUGGCUCACUCGUGACUUAAAACACAACAACAAAGUUGCAACGUCACUGAACGUUCAGAUAGAAAUGUAUGAUGUAGAAUAGAUACCAUUGUCUGUCAUGUUGAAUAGGUUAUUGUAUCAGCACUAGUGAUUUUAUUUCUAUCUGCAACAGUCUGAACGUUGUGCUCUAAUAAAUGAACCCCUCCUGUGCAUCUCAAUACAUGUCUUACUCAGCAAUUGGUAGUCAUUCUGGUUGUCAUUUUGUUAUGAUUUGGUUUGAAUUAGAUUUUGAAUGAGUGUUUGAUUGAGUUGGAAAGGGAGUUAAAAUGGGACUUGAAAUUGUGAUAGACAACAAAAAAAUACUCAGACUUGAUUGAUGUCUUCUAGUUUUACUCGCUAUAGUGCCCUUAUUACUGUGUAAUGUUUUUAUGUCAUUACAGUCUGAGUAUGGUUAAUUACUCAUUAUUACGCUCUACUUACUUUGGGUUAGGGGUAGGGUUAACGUUAGAGUUAUUGCUACAGUGUAAUCAUUAGUUACAACAAUACUUUUUACACUGCAAUUACAUAAGUAGUUACACAGUAAUAAUGGCAAUGUAAUGUAAGUGUUACCACAUACCACAUACUGCACCACUACCAGUAUUUCUAGACUGACAAUUGUUCAGAACAAAAGAAUAACAUCAUCUGAAAGAUUAUAAAGACAAUAUGAUCUGUACUCAAUAUAUCUGUAUAUAUCUCAAUUUUUCCCCAAAUGCAUGAAAAAAUAAAGUGAACCAAUGAAUGCCUAUUAAUGAAUACAAUAGAUUGAUUGGAAAUCACUCAAAAUGACAUUCAUCCAGACAUCGAUGAAGUAGGGCUGCAUGCAAAAUCUCAUUUAAUCAUUGUGGUGUUGUCGCUGAUGACAGAGUUGAUCUAAUCAGAGAAGUAUCACCUUGAAAGGAG